AGGACCCUGCGGGGCUGUCCGCAGCUGCGCCGAUCUUAUUCCGCCUCGUUGCUCGUCCCGGCAAUCUCUCACCCCCGGCUGCGCUGCGGCGCAGUCGUGUGGCCUCGGGAAUCCAGCUGCCGGCUGAGGCUUCCGUGCGAUGAAGGGCAGUCGCGGCAGGCGGUGAGGAGGGCUGCGCAGACGAGAGGCUCUGGCGGCUCCACCAUGGCGGUGGCGGUGCGCGCGGCGAGUUGCCUACCUGCGCUGUGCGGUGCGCCCGCGGGUCAUUUAUGGUCCAGGCAGCUUUACCUACACACCUCCACAGCAGCUUCCGCUUUGGUGCUGAAGACUGUUCUCAGCAAUUGCCCUUUGUCAUCUCCAGGAACCACUGACACUCGCCAUUUCAGCAGCUUGACCCAUGUGCAGCAGACACAGGGCUGGGCUGCUUCGCUCAGCAAUUCAGUGGGCCAGUGGUACAGACCCUACAGUUUCUUCACUAAACUGACAGCAGCUGAGCUGUGGAAAGGUGCUUUGGCAGAGACUGGUGCUGGAGCAAGGAAGGGAAGAGGCAAGAGAACUAAGAAAAAGAGAAGAAAGGAUUUGAACAGGGGUCAGAUCAUUGGUGAAGGGCGUAGUGGCUUCCUUUGGCCUGGUCUGAAUGUCCCUCUUAUGAGAGAUGGAGCUGUGCAGGCCAUUGCCCAGAGAAGCAAGGAGGAGCAGGAGAAAGUAGAGGCUGACAUGAUCCAGCAGAGGGACGAGUGGGACCGGAAGAAGAAGAUGAAGGUUAAACGAGAGCGUGGCUGGAGUGGAAACACGUGGGGUGGUGUCAGUCUUGGCCCCCCCGACCCCGGCCCCAAUGGAGAAACCUAUGAUGACUUUGACACCAGGAUACUUGAGGUAAGAAAUGUUUUCAAUAUGACAGCAAAAGAGGGAAGAAAGAGAUCAGUCCGUGUCCUGGUCGCUGUGGGGAAUGGCAAAGGAGCCGCAGGUUUUGCCAUUGGGAAAGCCACUGAACGGAUGGAUGCUUUCAGAAAGGCCAAGAACAGAGCAGUUCAUUAUUUGCAUUAUGUGGAACGAUAUGAAGGCCAUACAAUAUUCCAUGACAUCUCUUUAACAUUUAAGAGGACACACAUCAAGAUGAAGAAACAACCCAGAGGGUAUGGCCUCCGCUGCCACCGGGCCAUCAUCACCAUCUGCCGUCUCAUUGGCAUCAAAGACAUGUACGCCAGGGUCUCCGGGUCCCUCAACAUGCUCAACCUCACGCGGGGCCUCUUCCACGGGCUUGCGCACCAGGAAACCCACCAGCAGCUGGCCAACAAGAAGGGUCUUCACGUCGUGGAGUUCCGGGAGGAGUGCGGCCCGCUGCCCAUUGUGGUGGCCUCGCCCCAAGGGGCCCUGAGGAAGGACCCGGAGCCCGAGGACGAGGUUCCAGAUUGCAAACUGGACUGGGGGGAGGUGAAGGCCACCCAGGGAGUGAAGCGUUCUGUGUGGUCAGGCCUAAAGCGAGCAGCUGCCUGAGCUGCCUCUGCCUUGUCCCCCGCGGGGCCAGCUGUGUGCAGCACCUGUGGCUCGAUCUUCAUGUCCCAGGCGGUGGUGUUUGUAAAGGAAAGGCUGACCUUAAUUUCUUUAUUUAUGAAUGAUAAAUAAGCAGAGCUGUAACCCACUGAGCACAUGCAGUGUACCAGUCACCAUGAUGGGAGUUUUCACCCAGCUCUCAGCCUCGGGGCCGCUUUACGUGUGCACGUAAACCAGUGGCAACAGGUGAGCCACCUAAUGGGAAAGGGCAUGCAGUCCAGGUACAGUUACUUGCCUAGUCAUGCAGCUGGAAGAUAGAGGAAAAUGGGCCAGCCUUGUUCUUUCUGACUCCCGUGAAGCCUCUUGGCAUGGGUGUUUUAGCGACUGCUCUAGGCUCAUGUGGCACUCACCCCUCAUUGCAGUCUGUGGUGUGGCUUCACCCCUCUUGGCAGUGUUUUAACAUUUCCUCUGCCUGCACUGAGAACCAUGUUGGACAGUGUUAUCCUUUCUGCUUCAACCAUCGAAGUAACAGAAAACUCAAGAACAAAAGCCCAUUGUAUUUACCCAC